UAAAUAUUCAGGUUGUUCUAUUUGAUUCUUUUGUUUGCUUUCUCUUCUGUUCUGUUGUUUUUAUUUUGAUGAGGAUCGAUUGAGGAUCGAUUUAUUUGUCUAUAUCUUUUCUCUGGUUUGAGAAUCUCAUUUAGCAUCGAGCCGAUAUCACAUCAUCCAGCACUCACUGCAAGAUCCGCAUCUCCAUCUCCCUGCUGCUGCUGCUGCUUUACGAAGACCACCACCUACCAUCCAUCCACCCAUCCGAAUCCUCACUCCAUAAAACACCCCCUCUACCAUAUACUUGAACCCAACAACAUGGCCUCCCACCUCCACAACCAAACCAACACCCUCGAAUCCACCACCCCCGUCCCCCCCUCCCAAGCCCGCACCGCGCAAAUCCCCCUCCAAUCCUUCACCCUCCCGACCUUCCCACCCGAAGCCUUCUCCACCGCCACGAACCUCUCAGCGCUGAUUCUCACCAGCGACGUGAAGCUCGAUGAAUACUCCUCCGAACUAGAGAAACCGUACGAGAUCCCGGAUUUACCGGCGGGCAUCAAGACUCUUACUUUAGAGUUAUUUUCGCUGGGCUUCCCGUCCGGGUGGUUGGUUGCUCUCGGGGAGAAAUUGAGGGGGUUGAAGGCUUUGACGCUGUAUUCGCAGCUUUUUGCUGGGACGACGACGGCGUCGAGGGAGGAUGCUCUUAUGUUUAUCGAGAAGCAGAAGGAGUUGAGGGAGUUGCAUCUCCUGGAUGUCUUCCUGCCGAAGGGGUUCUUGACUGAGUUUAAGGGGAAGUCGGGAGGGGAUGUCAGGUUUUUGGAGGUCAGUUAUACGUUUCGGCAUUCGGAUCCGGAGUUUCUGGGGGCGCUGAAUGCGAGGGAGAUUUUGGGCGUGGUGGAGGGGAGGAAGGGAAUGCUGGGGCUGAGUGUUAGGGUUGAGAGUCCGGAUGUGAGGGUCGAGGAUGAGGAUGAUAGGGAGGGGACGGAGGAGGGUGUGUUGGUUGUGGGAGGGUUGGGGGAGAGGGUGGUGGAUGUGUUGAAGGAGGGAGGUGGGGAGUUGAGAUUGUGCGAUUUGACGAUGUUUGAGUUGAGGAUUGGGGAGGUGGGAUCGUUGUUGGAGGUGUGUAAGGAGAUUAGGGUUUUGAGUGUUAGUGUCGGGUUAGAGAAGGGGUGGAAGGAGGUCUUUGAUGGAUUAGGGGCGAAGGAGAGAGAGAUUGAGGUGUUGGAACUGGUAGGUGUGCCGGGAAAGGAGGUCGUGGAGGCUAUGAAGGAGGAGGGAGGGUUUAGGAAAGAAGACGUGGAGGAGUUGGGGAGGAGUUGGAAGGGGUUGAAGAGUAUUAAAGGAAGUAUAUUGAGGACGAAGGGAGAGGAAUGGCUGAAGGAGGGUGAAGAACAUCACGGCCAGGCAGCAUACUAUUCAUCGGCCACGGUCCGCGUCAACAACAUAGUACGAAUAUCACCGCGGAUGAUCUGUGUAAGAUUGCUUCAAACGCACAGCAAGAAGCAACACUAUCAAGCGUGUACAAGCUACAUCGGCAUCAGAAAGCUGGAUAAUGGCACCAAAGCCGCUCUAUACAAGGCCAACGAGUCUAGUACAGAGUGGUACAACCCAAAGACCCAGGCAUCUGGGGUAGAUUGGCUUGCCACCAGUGGUGGUGGAGCAACAUUAAUAUGUCUGAAAGGCCCGCAAUGA